GAACGGCAGCGAAAGGGACUGUCACCUUUGUCCCCGUGGCGCUGCGGUGCUGGGACGGCUGUCCCCGGUUCCCGACCCUGCCAGGCCUUCACCCUUCCUCUGCUUGCAGGGGAAGCACGCAGCGAGAAAGGAGAUGUCGGAUAAAGGGAGCAGCAUGGACGGAAAGACGGACAUCGCGAAUGGCAGCCUGUCCAGCAGCCCGGAGGAGAUGUCAGCCGAGGAGGGCCGAGAAAUUUCUUCCGGCAUCGAGGUGGAGGCGUCCGACGUCAGCCUGAGCCUCACUGGAGACGACGUGGGGCCCAACCGCACCAGCACAGAGAGCCGCGACACCGACACCGAGAGCUCGGCGGAGGAGAAGGACUCUGACAGCAUGGACGACACGGGCCACUACUCCAUCAACGAGGAGUCGCGCACCCUCGACUGCUCGCACUCGGAGGAGGAGGAGGAGGAGGAGGAAGAGGAGGAGCAGCGAUCCCACCGCCGCGCUCAGCGCAAACGUGCCAACCACGACCGAGAUUCCUCGGACGACGAGCAGGCGCUGGAGGACUGGGUGUCCUCGGAGACCACGGCGCUGCCGCGGCCCCGCUGGCAGGCCAUCCGCGCCCUGCGGGACAGGGAGCUGGGCUCCAGCCCCCGCUUCGUCUAUGAGGCCUGCGGGGCCCGGCUCUUCGUGCAGCGCUUCCGCCUGCAGCACGGCCUGGAGGGCCACACGGGCUGCGUCAACACGCUGCACUUCAACCAGAGGGGCACGUGGCUGGCCAGCGGCAGCGACGACCUCAAAGUGGUGGUGUGGGACUGGGUGCGGAGGCGGCCGGUGCUGGAGUUCGAGAGCGGCCACAAGAGCAACGUCUUCCAGGCCAAGUUCCUCCCCAACAGCGGUGACUCCACGCUGGCCAUGUGUGCUCGGGACGGGCAGGUGCGGGUGGCUGAGCUCUCGGCCACGCAGUGCUGCAGGAGCACCAAGCGUGUGGCACAGCACAAGGGAGCUUCUCACAAGCUGGCCCUAGAACCGGAUUCUCCAUGCACUUUCCUAUCAGCAGGUGAAGAUGCUGUCGUCUUCACCAUCGAUCUGCGACAAGACCGGCCUGCCUCGAAACUGGUGGUGACGAAGGAGAAGGAGAAGAAGGUGGGGCUGUACACCAUCUUCGUGAACCCAGCCAACACCUACCAGUUUGCUGUGGGAGGCAGAGAUCAGUUUGUGAGGAUCUACGACCAGCGGAAGAUCGACGAGAACGAGAACAACGGCGUGCUGAAGAAGUUCUGCCCCCACCACCUGGUGAGCCCCCGCUGCCCGCGCCUCUGCGUGCUGGGAGGCACCUGGAGCAGCUGAGCCAGCCCCUACUGCCUGC